AUGGCCCGGUUCUUGUCAAGGCGUGGAAUGAAUUAUCAAAGUGCUGCUGAGGUUGUGAGAGAUAUCAAGGAGUUGAUUGGAUUUAAUAUUACUAAAGAGGAUGAGGUCUUGCAUGAAAAAUUAUUAAACUGGGAAAGUGUCUAUAAGUUUAUGUUUGUUGGUGAACAGACUGAUUAUGAGAAGGAGAUACAGUUUACAACGUUAGAUUCAGGUCUUACAUUUAUCCCAGGGUAUUUGGUAAUCACACCAACUCCAUCUUCAUCUCGCCAUCAGUUUAUCCUCAUUGCCUUUGAUAUCCCUCCUCAUGGUUUGACAAAAACCUCCGCCUUACAGCUGAAUAACCAUCUCCUGUCUAUACCAAAACACUUGAUAUUCGCACUUGAGCCAUUUCUGGUAGAGAUUAACCGUUUGGAGUGCCGGUGUAAUCCUCUCGGGAAUCUUAAUGUUGAAUUAACAAGGCGAUCUAUCAUGCUGUCGCCUGCCAUCUUCACUAGGCAGAAAGUCUUAACCGUGAUGUGCUCAUGUGGAAGAAGAUUUACUCUCCUUUAUGCGAUGGUGGUGGAGCAUAUCCUCGAUAUUACCCCUGAUGACACUACUCCUGAUGCGGUACUGGUCACCAUCAGUCAGAAGAUUGGAUGA